AUGAGGGAUUCAGAUGACACCGCCGCACUGGACUCUUAUAAGAAUUUGGAUAUGAGCGGGACCUUGAGAAAGUCUUUCUUUCUGGCAAACGCGAUAGAAAAUAUUUACAACAACACUAUAUGUUCUCCAAUAUCCGCUUUGUUGCCUCUUGGAAAGCUUGUGUUGAGAGCAGAAGGUGCCACGUCGGAUGAACUGCUGACAGCCAUUGGCGCACGCAAUAUUGACAAGGUGGAAGCGCAAACUAGCAAUAUGAUUAAAAAUAUUAUCUCUCCUAAUGAUAUAAGUCCGGAUACAUCUAUGAUUUUGGUAAACGCUGUCUAUUUUUUCGGGAAAUGGGAAGAGCCGUUCACAAAAGUACAAACAGGCACCUUCAAUACUCCAAAUGAUGUUCGACGUAUUCACAUGAUGACUAAAGUGGCACAUUUUAACUAUACGGACAGCGAAUCUUUGGAUGCAAAGAUACUCAAAAUACCAUACAACGGGGGUAAGGCAUCGUUUCUCAUCGUUCUACCAAAUACAAAGAAUGGCUUACCAAUGUUAUUAAGCCAAUUGAAAUUGGCACCAGAAAUAUUAGAUUCUGCCCUUGGAACGUUAACGAAUCGAAAUGUACACGUGACGAUACCGAAGUUUAAAAUAGAAGGGGAUAUUGAUUUACGUUUAAUGUACGAGCAGAUAGGAGUAAAACGGAUAUUCAAUGAAUACGAAUCAGAGUUAAAUGGUAUAGUCAAAGAGAAAACUCUGUUUGUAUCGAAAGCGAAGCAAAAGGCAAUGAUAGAUGUCAACGAGUACGGAACUGAAGCGGCCGCAGCAUCGGCCAUAGUCGCAUCAAAGUUGUCGUACGAGAAAACAAUGCAAUUUCGAGCAGACCAUCCUUUCCUGUACUUCGUUCUUUCGGAUAAGCAACAACUGUUUGCUGGAACUUUGGUUUAUCCGCCAAUUGUUUAA